AUGACACUUGUCAGAAGAAAACAAGAUAUUUCUGCUUCGAAGUGUUUCUUCUCUUAUGCAGGUCCAGCUUCAUCUUCGUCACGUUGGCGUGCGACACAGGAUCCAGGUAAAACCUCAGCUACAUCAAAUGCUGCGGGUUAUCGUUCAGUUGGUCUUGAUGUCAAUCCUGCGUCAUUAACAGCAUCGAAUCUUCCACAAGAACAACAACCGGAAAAUGAAGAGAAAAAACAAUAA